AUGUCAGCAACGGGAGACGUCCACGACAGGCUGCUCGCCGACCGCUGCCUGCGCGAUAUGCAGGCUGGCAGCUCAGGGCUGGCAGAGAUGUGGGCGACGAUCACGUCGCGCGCCCGGCAGCCGGGCAACGUCGACCUCUGCCAGGGCUACCCGGACUUCGAAGGGUCGGCAGUCGCGCGAAAAUCCGCCGCGGACGCCAUCGGUCGAGGCGACCCCGUCCUGAACGGCUACGCGCCGCAGACGGGCCUGCCGUCGCUCGUCGCCGCGCUCGCGCGGCUAGACAAGGACCUCUACGGCCCGCCGCCGCACGCCCAGGGCCACCUCAUCACCACGAGCGGCACCGAGGCCAUCUUCGCGGCCUGCAUGGCAGUUUUGAACCCGGGCGACCGCUGCGUGUUCCUGGAGCCGUCCUUCCCGUGGUACACGCCGGCGAUCAAGGCGGCGGGCGGCGUCCCCGUCCCCGUGCGGCUGCACCCGCCGUCGUUCGCGAUCGACGCCGCGGCGCUGCGCGGCGCGCUCGAGGGCGCGAAGAUGCUGAUCGUUAACUCCCCCCACAACCCCACGGGGCACGUGCUGUCGGAGAGCGAGCUGGAGAGCAUCCGGGAGUGCGCGGUGGCGGCCGACGUCGCCGUGCUGUCCGACGAGGCGUACGCAAUGCAGGCGUGGGGCGCCGAGCACGUUCCUCUAGCCUACCUGCCAGGCAUGGGCGAGCGCACGCUGACGCUCGGCACGGCCAGCAAGCUUCUCUCGCUGACGGGCUGGCGCGUGGGGUGGCUUGCGGGCCCUCCGCGGAUGCUCCAGGCCGCGCAGCGCAUGCACGCGUACGCCACAUUCUGCGCGCCGACGCCGCUGCAGCAUGGCACCGCGGCGGCCCUGGCCGACGCCGGGCUGCGCGCGGAGUGCGCCACAGUGUGCGCGCUCAUGCAGCGGAACGCGCAGGCCAUGGCGGACGCGCUCAGCGGCGCGCUGGGCAUGGAGGUCCUUGCGCCGAAAGGGGGGUACUUUGUUGUUGCACGUGCUGCCGGGGAGGACGACCUGGCGCUGUGCGCCGCGCUGCUCGAGGAGGCCGGGGUCGGCGGCGCGCCGAUGCGUGCGUUCUAUGCCGAUCCCGCCGAGGCACCGAAAGAUAUGAUUCGAAUCGCCAUCUGCAAACGGGAAGCUACGAUUGCGGAGGCGGCGCGGAGGAUCGUGGACGCCGCCCCGCGGAUCGAGGCGCGGCUGAAGGCAGUGCGGCGGCAGGACGGGCUGACGUGA